AUGAAGAUAUCUUGUGGUAGAAAGAAUAAGAGGCUAUGGUUAUCCCAGGAAGACUACAUCAAGAAGGUACUUGAGAAGUUUAACAUGAGCAAGGCAAGGGUGGUGAGCUCUUCACUUGCAGGUCACUUUAAGCUCAAUUCGGAGCAAUGCCCUACAAGUGAAAAAGACAAGGCAGACAUGAGUCGAGUUCUAUAUGCGUUUGUGGUUGGCAGUUUGAUGUAUGCCAUUGUGUGCACCAGGCCCGAUAUUGCUUAUACUGUUGGAGUAGUCAGUCAUUUUCUCUCCAAUCUGGGAAGAGAACAUUAG